CACUUCAACAUACCCACACAACAUCCUCUCCCUUCUCUCUAUCUCUCACUCUCUCAAAACUUUUAUUUUUCACGUUAUUUUUUCAUACCAUUAUCACCCACAAAAUGAACUGUCUUCAGAGUUGGCCUGAACCUGUUGUUAGAGUCCAAUCUUUAUCUGAAAGUGGCCUAACUUCAAUUCCAGAGAGAUACAUCAAGCCGACCGUUCACAGGCCUUCAGUGAACACAGAGUUUCAUCCUCAUGUCAACAUUCCUGUUAUUGAUCUCCAAAACAUUUUCAGUAACGACCAAACCCUCCGUGACGACACUCUAAGUCGCAUCUCAAGAGCAUGUCGUGAGUGGGGUUUCCUUCAGAUUGUUAACCAUGGAGUUAGCCAUGAACUUAUGAAAAACAUGCGAGAGGUGUGGCGUGAAUUCUUCAAACUCCCGCUUGAGACGAAGCAAGAGUACGCCAACUCGCCUGAUACUUAUGAAGGGUACGGGAGUCGUUUGGGAGUUGAGAAAGGGGCUAAACUUGAUUGGAGUGAUUAUUUCUUUCUUAAUUAUAUGCCUCUGACCCUCAGAAACCCCAGCAAGUGGCCUGCUCUGCCAACUUCCUGCAGGGAAUUGGUAGCUGAAUAUGGAAAUGAAGUGGUGAAAUUAUGUGGAAUACUAAUGAAGGUUCUAUCUGUAAAUCUUGGACUGGGAGAAGAUCAACUUCAAAAUGCAUUUGGUGGAGAGGAAAUUGGUGCAUGCUUAAGGGUUAAUUUUUACCCAAAAUGUCCACAACCAGACCUUACUCUUGGUCUCUCUCCACACUCAGACCCUGGUGGCAUGACCCUUCUCUUGCCUGAUGAAAAUGUUGCUGGACUUCAAGUCCGAAAAGGCGAUAAUUGGAUCACAGUAAAGCCUGCUCCAAAUGCUUUCAUUGUGAACAUUGGAGAUCAAAUUCAGGUGCUUAGCAAUGCAAUAUACAAGAGUGUGGAGCACCGAGUGAUUGUGAAUUCAGGACAAGAACGUGUGUCAUUGGCAUUCUUCUAUAAUCCAAAGAGUGAUAAAUUGAUUCAACCAAUGAAGGAGCUGGUGACAAAGAACCGACCAGCCCUUUACGAAGCCAUGACAUAUGAUGAAUAUAGACUUUACAUACGGAGGAAAGGUCCAUGUGGGAAGGCACAAGUUGAUUCCUUAAAAUCAAGCAGAUGAUCAUAAACAUCAUCAAUUUAUAUUUAUGUCUCAGAAAAGUUAGUAGUAAAGAUGAAGUAUCCGUAUCAUGAUUUCCCUUUUGCUUAUGAUUUACAUGUAGUCACAAUCGAGGAAAUGAAAUAAAGAUGGAAUUGAUUGAUAAUGUUGUGUGGAAUGGAGCUUGUUUUCUUUCACACUUAAAUGAGCAGUGGAUGAAUAAAUUUUUUA